CCACGCCUGUUCCAAGGAAUUUUGUCCUCUAUUGCAGUGUUUUGUCUUACAGGGGCCGAUGUAAAAAUUCCAUUUCAAAGAAGAACUGCUCAGCAAGGCCGAACCAUCAAAAUUAGAUGUGAGGUAACCGGGGAGGACUUUCUUCGCUGGGAAACGCCUUCAAGGGAAGCAAGUUUGGGUGUUCCCCAGUUACAGGCAGAGAAUAUUACAGUAGAGAGCACUGCAGGAAGAGUGAGACUUGAACCCAGGAGGGAGGACUACUAUUUCUUACAUAUAGAAGACGUGAGAGUCAGUGAUGGGGGAAAUUAUACAUGUAUAGGAUCAAAACAAUCGAGCAGUUUUACCCUUGAAGUUGAUUGUAAGUAACUAUAUAAUAUAUCUGUUUUGUAACUAAUUAAAAACACUCAAAAAUUCUUACCACGUCUGUGAACAGACAUCAGCACUAAGAUCUUGGUAGUGACCUGUUAUAGUGCAAGCAUCCAAGGGUGGCAGUUCAAAAGUCACUUAACAUUUAAUAUAGGCUUUUUCUUUAAUCAGUUAAUCAUCAAUAGCACAGGCUAAGGUUGGCCAAUGCUCUCGUUAACGGCUCGUUUCUUUUAAAACACCUGAAUCUGCACCUUAGCAAUCAUCAGAUUUGAAAAUACCGUAAAAUUCCGAAAAUAAGCCCCUCCAAAUAUAAGCUCCCCGAACUCGUAACGCAAAAAACCCUCCGUGAAAUCGCCCCUCCAAAUAUAACCCCCCGGGGGCUUGUUCUUGGAAACUGCCCUCAAAUACAAAGUAAAACAAAGGAAAAACGAUAAAUUUCCUUCCAACUAUAAGGCUAGCCCAAUCGAUUUUGAAAAGCAAAUUUCCCUCCGUAGAUAAGCCCCUCCGAAUAUAAGCCCCUCUGAAAAUAAGCCCCUCAAAAAGGGCCUUUGAAAAAUACAAGCCCCGGGGCUUAUUUCGGAAUUUUACGGUAUGUUUACUUCAGUAAUAGCUAUCCCCAAAUCACAUUGCAGUUGUUAGCCAUAGAGUCACGACACCACAACUACUCAACAAUGGUGAAAACGGAACAAUCGAACUGGCCAUAUCUGCCUUCCCUCCGCUACACUAUGAAUGGCGCAAAAACGGGACGCUUCUAGAAUUACCCACAGAAAGAAUAAUGAUUGACCCGUACAGUGGCACACUUCAUAUUUUUGGCGUGGAAGGAGGAGACCAGGGAAACUACACGUGUAGAGUUGUAUGGAAAUCGAACAGACCACAUGAGGAAACGGAAGACACCGUUACAGUAGAGAUCCUUGUUAUUGGUGAGUUUUAA